AUGGCAUCGCUCAUUGAGAGACUCGAUGUCUUGAUUGAGGAUGCUCGACACGCAGCCCACAUUCGGGACUACAUCGCACUCUGUACAGAGGAAACUCUGUUGCGAUUGUUGACUGAUAAUAGACCUAUCUCGCAAAAGCUGCUUGAAGUUGCUCGUGCCGUAAAUCCAUUCCUCGGGUCACAAAGGGCUGAUGUGGAAAGACUGGAGGCAGCCUCUACCUCAGGAGACGACAACAACCUGCCUAUUCCUUUUAGACCGUCUGAUACGUGUCUGAUUGACGAGCCCGAGAAGGACCUCUUGGUCUUGUUGUGGUACUGCGAUGGUGCUGUUCUCGAGGGGUCCAUGGAGGAGGCGUUAGCUCAGCUGUUGAAAAUGGCAGCAAAGUACGGCACUAUCAAGGACCUAGAUCUUCGCAAAGAAUCUCUUUCUGAAACCGAGAUCAACAUUCACUGGAUCUUGUUCUACUUGGAGCAUCAGAUCUCGCUGACCAUAGCCGCCGGUGGAAACCCGCGCGAGUCUGGAGCCAAGCUCGACUUUGAGAGGAGCAUUCGAAUGAGUCGAUUGUUGACGAUUUGUGAGAUGCUGCUCUCCGAGGGAAGAUUGGACCAAAUCUGCUUUCUGUUGAUACCUUUGCGGCAGUGCAUCGCAAGCCAGGACAAGCCUUGGUGGCGGUCCAGGACAAGACGACUACUCAAAGGCAUGAAGAAGACGCGGGCCGGUAGGCAGAAGUGGCAUAUACAGCUUGCGGAUGAACAGCUGCUUUGUAUCAAGGGCCUGGAUACUGAUACUGGAAAGUCGUGGGCUUGGCGUGGCUCUUUCACGAUCCGGCCCGAGACAGUUGAGAUGGGGAAGAUGAAGGGCGAUUGA